GAAGACGUGAACGGCACACUGUGAUCACAUGACUGAGAGCCCACACAGUCAUGUGACUUCAACACAUAUACAACGUGAUAUAAACAACUCGGUCGUUACUUUUUAGUCUUACAUACCGAUGUGACCGGUCUGAAAUUUUAACUGACAUCAUUGAGUUACAGCUGUAUGAUGCUGAAGGAAACUCUCCGGCUUUUUUGUCUCUUGGCUGUGCUGGACUCAGUCCGCUCCCGCGGUUGUUCCUCGUUCUUCUGCCGGAGAUCACACCGUGUCAGUGGGUCACAUGAUGGACCUGACCCGGGCAAACCACUCUUGCUUACCCCCUAUCUGGAAGGAGGCAGGAUAGAAGAAGCCAGAAAACUGAGUUUGGUGGAUCCCCUCCCCGGUGCCAAUGUCAAAAGUUUCUCUGGAUAUCUUACUGUGAACAAGACGUACAACAGUAAUCUUUUCUUCUGGUUCUUCCCUGCACAGGAGAAACCAGAGACCGCUCCAGUGUUGCUGUGGCUGCAGGGAGGACCGGGUGGCACCUCUAUGUUUGGCUUGUUUGUGGAGCAUGGGCCAUAUUUUGUGCAUAAAAACCUCACAUUGGGCUAUAGAGAUUUUCCCUGGACAUCACGAUAUUCAGUUCUGUACAUUGAUAACCCGGUUGGCACAGGGUGGAGCUUCACUGAGGAUGAUCGAGGAUUUGCCCAAAACCAGGAUGAUGUGGGCAGAGAUUUAUACAGCGCCCUGACUCAGUUCUUUCAGAUAUUUAGUGAAUUUCAGUCGAAUCCUUUCUAUGCCACAGGCGAGUCUUAUGCAGGAAAGUAUGUUCCAGCAAUCGGUUACUACAUCCACAAGAACAAUCCCUCGGCCAAAGUGAAGAUUAACUUUAAAGGAGUGGCUAUUGGAGACGGUCUCUGUGACCCUGAGCUGAUGCUGGGAGGCUAUGCAGAGUUCCUGUAUCAGACGGGACUCGUGGAUGAACUUCAGAAGGAGUAUGUAAAGAUGCAGACAGAUCUGGGAGUAAAACUCAUCCAGGAAAAGAAAUGGGUGGAGGCAUUUGAGGUGUUUGACAGCUUGUUGAAUGGUGACAUUUCUUCUUAUCCUUCAUUCUACCAAAAUGUCACUGGUUGCACAAACUACUUUAACUAUCUGCAAUGUCAGGAACCUGCCGAUCAGGAGUAUUUUUCAGAAUUCGUGACUCUACCAGAGGUUCGACGUUCCAUCCAUGUUGGGAAUCUUACGUUUAAUGAUGGCUCUGAGGUUGAGAAGCACCUGCUUCAGGAUGUCAUGAAAUCUAUCAAGCCGUGGUUGGGUAUUCUCAUGGACAACUAUAGAGUGUUGAUCUAUAGCGGACAGCUUGAUGUCAUUGUUGCAGCUCCAUUGACCGAGCGAUUCCUGCCCACUGUCAACUGGUCUGGAGCGGACGAGUAUAAAAAAACAGAACGCUUUCCUUGGAAGAUCCAACCUAGUGAUACUGAAGUGGCAGGUUAUGUACGACAAGUCAAUGAGUUCUUCCAGGUAAUUGUCAGAGGAGGCGGGCACAUUUUGCCUUAUGACCAACCAGAGAGAGCGUUCACCAUGAUUGAUAGAUUUCUCUCUACAGAUAGAUUUUCAUAACUUUGUUGAAGAUCAAAUAGGAUUUAAAGUGAUCAAGGAAUAAAUCUAGGUUUAGUUAUGUAACAUGUUUUAAUGCAAUACUUGUGUGCUAUUGUGAAGCAAAGAGCUGGUUCUUUUUAAUAUGGAUUACUGUGCGUUUAAGAGCAAGGAUUGUGUUUUUAUUGUGUAUGAUCUGGUUUUGAUUAAAGUAUGAUUUGAUUGUA